AUGAUGGAUUUCUCAACAAAUGAUUUAUUAGAAGAAGUUCUAGAAUUGGAUGCCGUAAAAAAUUUGAAAGUUUCGGUACAAUCUUCUGUCAAAUAUGGAACAAUUGUCGGUUUAUCAACAAUUGCUGGUGGUAUACUUGGUGGACCUAUUGGAUUAUCAAUAGGAGGUAUACUCAGCAGUAUUAUAGCAACUUGUGUUGCACAAAAUAAAUUUAAAUCUGUUUCAUAUAUUAUUUGGAAUGAAACUACCCCGGAACAAAGAAGAAAAUUAGCAAAAUUAAUAAUUGAUUUUCUUAAUUCAAAACAUAUUAAGAAACUUAAAGAUUUUGUACUUUCUAUACCUAAUGAUACUUCAUUACAAGAAGGAUUAAUACAAAUAUUAAUAUCAUUUUUAUUUUCUGAAUUAAAUAUAUAUGUAAAACAAUAAAAAUAAGAACAAUAUAUAUUUAGAAACAAACUCAUUAUUUUUAUAUAAUCUAUGGCAUAGAAAUAAUUUGUAUUAAUGAACUUUGAAUAUUUUGAAAAUAUCUAAUUAUAUAUAAUAUUUAUAUUAUGUAUUUAAAUAAAGUGCAAUAAACAAUA